CUUGGUUUCUUUCUCAACACAAAGGAAACUCUCACUGACUUGACAUGUUCUGGUUUUGAAUUCAGGCUACAAGGGGUCAUUGCUCGAAAAUUAGUCUCUCUGGGGAGAGAGAGGAGGGGGGCCCUGCCUCUAAAAUGAGUCUCUCUGGGGAGAGAGAGGAGGGGGGCCCUGCCUCUAAAAUGAGUCUCUCUGGGGAGAGAGAGGAGGGGGGCCCUGCCUCUAAAAUGAGUCUCUCUGGGGAGAGAGAGGAGGGCGGCCCUGCCUCUAAAAUGAGUCUCUCUGGGGAGAGAGAGGAGGGCGGCCAUGCCUCUAAAAUGAGUCUCUCUGGGGAGAGAGAGGAGGGCGGCCCUGCCUCUAAAAUGAGUCUCUCUGGGGAGAGAGAGGAGGGCGGCCAUGCCUCUAAAAUGAGUCUCUCUGGGGAGAGAGAGGAGGGCGGCCAUGCCUCUAAAAUGAGUCUCUCUGGGGAGAGAGAGGAGGGCGGCCAUGCCUCUAAAAUGAGUCUCUCUGGGGAACAUGACACCAAUGUUAAGAGGGGUCAGUGCUCUAAAAUGAGUCUCUCUGGGGAGAGAGAGGAGGGGGGCCCUGUCUCUAAAAUGCAUCUCUCUGGGGGACAUGACACCAAAGCUAAGAGACCAAUCCAGCAGGAGAGACCAGCCUCCCCUGUUCCCAGCUGUGUGUCCAUGAAGAGUGACCGGUCUAUGGGUCAACCUAUAUACUUUAGAAAGGGAGACUUUUCUACUGAACAAAGACCAAUCCAGCAGGAGAGACCAGCCUCCCCUGUUCCCAGCUGUGUGUCCAUGAAGAGUCACCAGUCUAUGGAUCCUCCUCUAUACUUUAGAGAGGGAGACUUUUCUACUGAACAAAGAUACCAACAGGAGAGAUCAGAGUCAGAGAUUCUCAGUGGUCAGUCUUCCCAGAGUCAUCAAACCGACCUGGGCUCCAUAUUCAGUAUGCUUGAAGAGAAAAUUAUGACAUUUGUGAAGAACGAGCUGAAGAUAUUCAAGAGGAUUCUUAGUCCAGAACUCCCAGAAGGCUUUGAGAGUCAGAAGCAGGAUAAGGAAGUGGUGGAUGCUGAAGAUGAGCAGCAGGAGAGCAGUGCCAGAGAGGGGGCUCUGAAGAUCACACUGCACAUCCUGAGGAAAAUGAACCAGAAGGAGCUUGCUGACACACUGGAGAAAUAUUCAGAUGAGCUUGCUGUGAUUUGCCAACGUGAACUCAAAUCUAAUCUGAAGAAGAAGUUUCAAUGUGUAUUUGAGGGGAUCGCUCAACAAGGAAACCCAACACUUCUCAAUAAGAUCUACACAGAGAUCUACAUCACAGAGGGUGGAACAGGAGAGGUCAAUAAUGAACAUGAGCUGAGGCAGAUUGAGACAACAACCAGGAAACAAGCAAGACCAGAGACUGCAAUCAAAUGUAACGACAUCUUCAAACCCUUAACUGGACAAGACAAACCUAUCAGAACUGUGCUGACAAAGGGAGUCGCUGGCAUUGGAAAAACAGUCUCUGUGCAGAAGUUCAUUCUGGACUGGGCUGAAGGAAAAGCAAAUCAGGAUGUCCAAUUUGUAUUUUCAUUCCCUUUUCGGGAGCUGAAUUUGAUGAAAGGGGACAAACACACUUUCAUUGAACUUCUUAAUCACUUCUCAAUGGAAACUAAACAAUCAGGAAUCUCCAUCAACAACAAGUACAAAGUUCUGUUCAUCUUUGAUGGUCUGGAUGAGUGCCGACUGCCCCUAGACUUCCAGAAGAACAAGAUCUGUUGGGACGUCACACAGUCAACCUCAGUGGAUGUUCUGCUGACAAAUCUCAUCAAAGGAAAUCUGCUUCCCUCUGCUCUCCUCUGGAUAACUACCCGACCUGCAGCAGCCAAUAAGAUCCCUUCAGGAUGUGUUGACCAGGUGACAGAGGUACGAGGGUUCAAUGACCCACAGAAGGAGGAGUACUUCAGGAAGAGAUUCAGUGAUGAGGACCUGGCCAGCAGAAUCAUCUCACACAUAAAGACAUCAAGGAGCCUCCACAUCAUGUGCCACGUUCCAGUCUUCUGUUGGAUUUCUGCAACAGUCCUUGAACACAUGCUGAAACAUAAGAGAGAAGAGAUGCCCAAGACUCUGACUGAGAUGUACACACACCUUGUGGAGUUUCAUACCAAACAGAAGAAUGAAAAGUAUCUUGGGAAAGAAGAGACAGGUCCACACUUGAAUAAAGAGAGCAUUCUGUCACUGGGAAAACUGGCUUUUCAACAGCUUGUGAAGGGCAAUCUGAUUUUCUAUGAAGAAGACCUGAAAGAGUCUGGCAUUGAUGUCAAUGAAGCCUCAGUGUACUCAGGAUUGUGCACACAGCUCUUUAAAGAGGAAUGUGGGCUCUACCAGGACAAGGUGUACUGCUUUGUUCAUCUGAGCAUUCAGGAGUUUCUGGCUGCUGUAUAUGUGUUCCUCUCAUUCAUCAACAACAAUGAGAAUCUAAUGGACGAACCUCAAUCAAUGUUCAGAUACUUUUUGUCGCUCUUCAGAGAGAAGCCUAAAGUUACUGAAGUUGCUUUCUACAAGAGUGCCGUGGAUAAAGCCUUACAAAGUGAGACAGGAAACCUGGACCUUUUCCUCCGCUUCCUUCUGGGCCUCUCACUGGAGUCCAAUCAGAAGCACUUACGAGGUCUACUGACAAAGACAAGAAGCAGCUCACAGAGCCAUGAAGAAACAGUCAAGUACUUCAAGGAGAAGAUCAGGGAGAAUCCCUCUCCAGAGAGGAGCAUCAAUCUGUUCCACUGUCUGAAUGAACUGAAUGACCAUUCUCUAGUGGAGGAGAUCCAAAGAUACCUGAGAUCAGGAAGUCUCUCUAGUGCCACACUGUCACCUGCACAGUGGUCAGCUCUGGUCUUUGUGUUGCUGACUUCAGAAAAGGAGCUGGAUGUGUUUGACCUGAAGAAAUACUCCAGAUCAGAGGAAGGUCUUCUGAGGCUGCUGCCAGUGGUCAAAGCCUCCAGAGCUGCUCUGCUGUCAGGCUGUGGAGUCACAGAGGAAGGCUGUGCUUCUCUGGUCUCAGCUCUGAGGUCAAACCCCUCACACCUGAGAGAGCUGGAUCUGAGUAACAACGACCUGAAGGAUUCAGGAGUGAAGCUGCUCUCUGCUGGACUGGGGAAUCCCCACUGUAAACUGGAGACUCUGAGGCUGUCAGGCUGUCUGGUCACAGACGAAGGCUGUGCUUCUCUGGUCUCAGCUCUGGAGUCAAACCCCUCACACCUGAGAGAGCUGGACCUGAGUAACAAUGACCUGAAGGAUUCAGGAGUGGAGCUGCUCUCUGCUGGACUGGGGAAUCCCCACUGUAAACUGGAGACUCUGAGGCUGUCAGGCUGUCUAGUUACAGAGGAAGGCUGUGCUUCUCUGGGCUCAGCUCUGAGGUCAAACCCCUCACACCUGAGAGAGCUGGACCUGAGCUACAAUCACCCAGGAGACUCAGGAGUCAGACUGCUCUCUGCUGGACUGGAGGAUCCACACUGCAGACUGGAGAAACUCAAUGUGGAACAUGGUGGAGAGAACAGAAUGAAACCUGGACUUAGAAAAUAUGUCUGUGAUCUCACACUGGACCCAAACACAGUAAACAGACUCCUCUCUCUGUCUGAGGAGAACAGAAAGGUGACAUGUAGGACAGAGGAGCAGCCGUAUCCUGAUCACCCAGAGAGAUUUGAGGUCUGUGGACAGGUGCUGUGUAGAGAGGGUCUGACUGGGCGCUGCUACUGGGAGGUAGAGUGGAGUGGGAGAAGGGCUGUUAUAGGAGUGACAUAUAAAGGAAUCAACAGGAGAGGAGGGGAUAAGGACUGUUGUCUUGGACACAAUGACAAGUCCUGGAGUCUGUUCUGCUCUGACAACAGUUACACUGCCUGUCACAAUAAUAAUCACAUUACCAUAGACGUCCCCUCCUCCAGCCCCCACAGAGUAGGAGUGUAUCUGGACUGGCCAGCCGGCACUCUGUCCUUCUAUAGAGCCUCCUCUGACACACUGACCCACCUGAUCACAUUCACCUCCACAUUCACUGAUCCCCUCUAUCCAGGGUUUAGGGUUUGGGGUGAUGACUCCUCAGUGUACCUGUAAAUACACACACACACACACACACUGAUCACUCACACACACUGGACACACAGACAUACACUGGACACACACACACACACACUGGCACACACACACUGACACACACACAAACACACACUGACAUACUGUUAGGAAAUUAUGAUUAAUAUGACUGAACAAAUCAUUUUAAAUGGAACUGUAAGUAAACUUAUACUCUGUUAUAUUAUAUCUGAUUAGCAAUAUGAGUUCAUAAGAAGGGGUUGUGAGACACGGACAAGGAGUAAUAAAAAGUUAAUGAACACCAUUCCAACUAGGAAGAAACGAAUGGGUUGUGGACUGUGUAAACACAUAAGAUAGUUAACCUAUGGUUGACCCUACUGAAACUUAGCUCUGGGGUGUUUUAGAUAAGGCAGUGAGUGCAUUCCUAGGUUUUCUGUUAAUUAAAACUGUCAGUUCAGUGGUGAUCGAUAAUGUUGAGGGGUCAAAAGUUAUCUGGGAGUGUGUUAGUAAGUUAGAAUUAACUUUUCACCUUACUUUGUCCCGGUCGAGAGGAGGGGGUUCGGUUAAGGCAGUGAAAUGACGUCAUGAUCUGUAUAUAAACUGCUGUACGUGUUUGAGUGGUAGCGCGCUCCGAGAAUAAAUUCUAUUACCUAUUAUUUAAAGACUGGUCUGCGUCUAUUUUAUGCAAACAAGAAAUCUUACAAAUUCUCAUAAAAUAGAUUAAGGGCUUUCAAUUGAUGACAGCACAUUGUCAUAAUUAAAUUAUACUAACAGUCUCUCGAUGUGCAAAACUGAUAGAGACAUACCCCAAGCGACUUACAGCUGUAAUCGCAGCAAAAGGUGGUGCUACAAAGUAUUAACUUAAGGGGGCUGAAUAAUUUUGCACGCCCAAUUUUUCAGUUUUUGAUUUGUUAAAAAAGUUUGAAAUAUCCAAUAAAUGUCGUUCCACUUCA